AUGAAUGGAACAACAGCCUCAGCGAGAGGCAAGAGAAAGACCCAAAUCUCCCCCGAAAAUUCACCGCCAGCUAAACGAAUCAUCAACGGCAAGCUGUCCCCUGGUGACAAUACUCCAGAUGUCGCUGAGAUUGUACAAUACGACGGCGAGUCAGAGAGUGAUGACAUUUACACCAGUGCUCCCAUAUACAUAGGCACCCCUGGAAGCUUGAGCGAGUGGCAGGAUACAAUCCAAAAUGUUGUGCGGAACGUUGUCGCAAUUCGUUUUUGCCAAACCUGUUCUUUCGAUACCGAUCCAGCUUUGACGAGUGAGGCUACCGGUUUCGUCGUGGAUUCGGAGCGAGGAUAUAUCCUUACAAACCGGCAUGUCGUUGGCGCUGGACCUUUUUGGGGGCAUUGUGUCUUUGACAACCACGAAGAAGUGGAUUGCUAUCCCGUUUACCGCGACCCCGUACACGAUUUCGGUAUUCUUCGAUACGACCCCGAGGCGCUCAAAUAUAUGAUCGUUGAUGGCUUAGACUUACGUCCCGACCAGGCCAAAGUUGGCGUUGAAAUCCGAGUAGUUGGUAACGAUGCCGGCGAAAAGCUUAGUAUCCUGUCAGGCGUGAUCAGCCGCCUUGACCGAAAUGCUCCCGAAUACGGGGAAGGCUACAGCGAUUUCAAUACAUGCUACUACCAGGCCAAUGCCGCUGCCAGUGGUGGUAGCUCCGGCAGUCCCGUUGUAGCCAAAGAUGGCUCUGCUGUUGCUCUGCAGGCUGGUGGCCGCUCCGAUGGCGCUUCGACUGACUACUUCCUACCACUUGAUCGACCAUUGCGCGCUCUUCGGUGUAUCCAACAGGGAAAUCCCGUCACACGUGGCGAUAUCCAGUGUCAGUUUCUGUUGAAGCCAUUUGAUGAGUGCCGUCGACUGGGUUUGCAACCUGAAUGGGAGGCAGAGGUGCGGAAAGCCUUCCCUGAUGAAACAAACAUGCUUGUUGCCGAGAUCGUUCUGCCAUCUGGGCCAUCAGAUAGCAAAAUCGAGGAAGGUGACGUCCUUGUCAAGGUGAACGGGGAGCUCAUUACCCAGUUCAUCAGGCUCGACGACAUCUUGGAUUCGAAUGUAGGCGAGUCGAUCAAGUUUCAAUUGCAGCGUGGCGGCGAGGACAUCGAGGUGGAAAUCGAGGUUGGGGACUUGCACAGCAUCACCCCCGACCGCUUUGUCUCAGUCGCUGGCGCGAGUUUUCACAACCUGUCCUACCAACAGGCUCGUCUCUACGCCGUUGCCGUCAAGGGGGUAUAUGUUUGCGAAUCUGCCGGGUCUUUCAGGGUUGAUAAUACGGACAACGGCUGGAUUGUUCAAACCAUCGAUCACAAGAAAGUUCCCGACCUCGACACGUUCAUCCAAGUCGUCAAGGCAAUUCCUGAUAAAGCAAGAGUAGUGGUCACAUACAAGCACCUUCGCGAUUUACAUACCCUUAACACGACCGUUGUAUACGUGGAUAGACACUGGUCGUCCAAGAUGAAACAAGCAGUUCGAAAUGACAAAACGGGCCUCUGGGACUUUUCCGACUUGGGGGACCCGCUGCCACCGGUUCCGCCAGUUCGUCGUUCGGCAUCUUUCAUCGAACUAGAUCAUAUGCCUCAUCCUGGCAUCGCAGAACUGAUCAAAAGCUUUGUUCACGUAAACUGCACUAUGCCGGUGAAGCUGGAUGGAUUUCCCAAGAACCGAAGAUGGGGUAUGGGUCUAGUCAUCGACGCUGAAAAAGGUCUCGUUUUAAUUUCGAGAGCCAUUGUCCCAUAUGAUCUAUGUGACAUUACUGUCACUAUCGCAGACUCCAUCAUUGUGGAGGGCAAAGUUGUUUUCCUGCACCCGCUUCAAAACUAUGUCAUCAUCCAAUAUGACCCAGCUCUUGUGGAUGCCCCGGUUAAGAGUGCUAGAUUGAGCAGUGAGCACCUCAGCCAAGGUGCCAAAACUUACUUCCUGGGCCACAAUAGAAUUGGUCGUGUUGUUCACGGUGCUACAACCAUCACUGAAAUCACAGCUGUCGCCAUUCCGGCCAACACCGGCGCUCCUCGUUACCGUGCAAUCAAUGUGGAUGCUAUUACCAUUGACAGCAACCUCGGUUCUACUUGCAACAGUGGUGUUUUAGUCGCUCCUGAUGGAACUGUUCAGGCUUUGUGGCUUUCAUAUCUCGGUGAGCGGUCUCCCUGCACCCAACGAGAUGAGGAGUACUAUCUCGGACUGGGGACGCCAACCUUGCUGCCUGUCAUCUCUACCAUUCAAAGGGGUGAGUCGCCGAGUCUGCGGUUACUGUCGGUCGAGUUCAGAGCGAUUCAAAUGUCUCAGGCGUCUGUUAUGGGUGUUACCGACGACUGGAUUAAGAAGGUGACGCAGGCCAACCGAUCUCACCACCAGCUCUUCAUGGUCAGCAAACGAACUUUUGAAAGAGUCAAUCAGCCAGUUUCUCUGCUAGAAGGCGAUAUCAUUUUGACUUUGAACGGCAAAAUUUGCACCACAAUCUCUGACUUUGACGUCAUGUAUUCUAAUGAAGUUCUCGAUGCCGUAAUUGUCCGAGAGUGCGAAGAGAUGCCCUUGCAGCUGGCCACCGUCCCCGCAGAUGACAUUGAGACCGACCAUGCGGUGUCGUUUUGUGGUGCUAUUCUACAUCGUCCUCAUCAAGCUGUCCGCCAACAGAUUCGCAAACUUCACAGCGAGGUGUAUGUAUCUAGCAGAAUCCGCGGCUCGCCAGCCUAUCAGUAUGGUGUUGCACCUACCAACUUCAUCACACAUGUGAACAAAGUGGCUACACCAGAUCUGGAUUCAUUUAUUGCUGCCACCCGAAAAAUCCCUGAUAAUACCUACUUCCGCCUAAAGGCUGUCACGUUUGAUUGCGUACCGUGGGUAAUAACAAUGAAGAAGAACGAUCACUACUUUCCCACGAUGGAAUGGAUCAAAGACAGCAAUGAAGCAUGUGGAUGGCGUCGUGUUACUUAUGAGGGAAAAGAAAUUUUCCAGGGAGAGGCUGUCGACGGUGUACUCCCUAUUGCUGAAGACACAGAUAUGGAAUGA